ACAUGUUUAACGCACAGAGAGGAAAAACUAAAAGUAAGAAGAAGGAAAGGCGUAAUUCUAGUGUACGUUAGAUAAGAGAAGGUCCCUCGUGCGUGUCCUAAGGCAAACUCUAUAGUCAGUCUUUGAGAAGCAACUGCAGUUGCCUGUUGUUUGCUACUACCAAGAGUAAAGAAUUGUAUAUUGAAAGUUUUUUAUAUCAAGCAACAGAAAAAGUGCUAUAAAUUUAAUGUUUGUGAUAGGAAUUAUUACAUCAGAACUCCAGAUUUAAAAUCGAGGCUGUAUAACUUGUUUUUUUCAUUUAAAACUUUUUAUUUUCAACUCCAUUUACACGGUGAAGAAAAACAUAAACACUUGGAUACUUAUUUUCGCUAAUUACUUAUUAAAACAUUUUUUUUUUUUAUUAUCACGUUUUAAGUCUAGAAAUUAAUGUUAUUUUUUAAUUAUUGUAUUAAUUUUAAAAUAAAAAAAUUAACAACUUAUGAAACAAGUGAUAAAAUUUUGGACAAAUCUUUUAAAGGGAUAUGAGGCGCGAGAGAAUCAAAAAUAAAGGAAAAUCGAAAUUUUAUCGACAAUGGGGGAAAUUUUAAAUGAAACAAUUUUUGCUCAAGAUGAUAGUGUGAGAUCUUUACCACGAUUUGUGACUAUCAUCGCAGCUGUGUGUGCUAUAUUGUUUAGCGUCGUUGGAAUUUUAGGAAAUUUAAUAACAGUUUUGGCAUUAUUAAAAUAUACAAGACUGAGAAAACAUGCAACGACUGCAUUUGUCAUAAGUCUUAGUGUUUCGGAUUUAAUAUUUUCAUCGGUAAAUUUACCACUAACGGCGAGUAGAUAUUUAUAUGAGGCAUGGGUACUUGGUGACGCACUCUGUCAAGUGUUUCCCUUAUUUUUUUACGGAAAUGUUGCUGUAUCACUUCUCAGUAUGGUGGCUAUCACCCUCAACAGAUACGUUUUGAUAUCAAGAUCAGAUUUAUAUCCACACAUUUAUACGAGCCGUGGAAUAACAUUGAUGUUAAUUGCAAUUUGGACACUAAGUUUCUCACUAUUAAUUCCAUCGUUACUUGGAAUUUGGGGUAGACUUGGAUUAGAUCAGACAACAUUUUCAUGUACAAUAUUAAAAAAAAAUGGUACAAGUCCAAAAAAAUUACUCUUCAUUUUAGGCUUUCUUGUGCCAUGUCUUGUGAUAACUGUUUCUUAUCUUUGUAUUUACUAUCGUGUGAGAAGUAGUCGUAAAAAUCUCGAAGCCCAUUCACGUGGUGGUAAGCGAAAAAGUACGGGAUUUCAAAGACGUGAAGAUUCAAGAGUCACGAGAUUGAUGUUAAUAAUUUUUCUUUGCUUUUUACUUUGCUUUAUGCCAUUAAUGAUAGCAAAUGUUGUUGAAGAUAAAGUGAAAUUGCCAAUUUUUCAUGUGAUAGCCUCAAUUUUAGCAUGGGCAUCAUCAGUUAUAAAUCCAUUUAUUUACGCGGGUACAAAUAAACUUUAUCGUGCUGCUUAUCGACAAUUACUCUGUCGUGGAAGUCGAAAAACACCUGCAUUAGGAGGACCAAAGCCAAUUUGCUCGCAAUCGAGUAAAUUUUCCUCACAACCCACAUGACAAUUAAUUAAUAAUUCCGAGAGUCUGUCGAAAUAAGAGAUUAUUAAUGAAAUUGAAAAAAGGACCAUCUGCAAAAAAAAAAAAAUCUUUUAGAUAAUUAAUAAAUAUAAGAGGAAACCAUUUCUUAGAAUGGAUAAAGAUAUAAUUAAUUAUCUUGAUUUAAGUUUAAGGCCCUAGAUCUGAAUCAUAGUAAAAAUGAUAAGAAUACAAAAAGCGAACAGCAAAAAAAGAAACGAGAAAAGAAAUUUUUCUUGAACUUUGUUUGAACCAAAGUUUUAGAUAAUAAAUCAAUGAGUGAACUUGAAAGAUCAAGAGAGCUCUCUAAACAAGUAUUAUUUUUUGAUUUUAUACAAGUGAGGUAUUUAAAUUUAGAUUAAUGUAAUUAAAAUUAAUUUCUAAAGGCCGUGUAGCGAAAGAGAAAUUUUUUCAAAAUGCCGUAAUUAAUAUAAAUAUUUUCAAAUAAUAUAUAUGAGAUAUGAAUUCAAAUUUUUAAGCUUAAAAAUUGAAAUUUUUAUUUUGAUAAUAAAAUAAAAAAUUAAACGUAUUCAAAAUUCGCAAAAAAUUUAAAAAAAAAUCCAAGGUAUUUAAAUUUUUCUCUCAUUAAUUUUCAGGAAUAAUGAAAAAAAAAAAUUACACCUGAAAAUUAACUUAAAAUUAUAAGUUAAAUUAUAAUAAGAUGUAAAUUAUAAUAUCUAUAUUUCUACGAGAAAUCAUUUAUAGAAAUUUUUAUUUGAAAAAAGAAACAAUUUUUAAUAUAAAAAAUGCAGUAAAAUCGAAUACAAAAUUUCAUUUUUGGUAUUACACUCGCUAUAUAAACAUGUGAACCUGUAUAUCUGUAUGUGUGUUUGUAUAUGGCUUUUUAAGUACUGAAGCUUUAAAUUAGUUUAAAUGGAAUGGACGAAUACUGUAAUGUAAAUACACAAUCAAUAAGAUACAAAAAAACGAAUUGCAAAUUAUUUCUAAUCUCAUUCAUAUUUUUUUAUAAUAGCGAAAUUCUCACAAUUAUUGUAAAUUUGUUCAUAUUUUCUAGUUUUAGAAUAAUAGUAAUUAUUCAUAUUAGUAUAGCAUAUGGCAUAAAAAAUACGCUUUCUUAUAGUUAAAGAAUAUUGAGAUUAUUCGAAAAAUACAGUCGAGUUUUUUUUUUAUAUUUUUAGUUUUUAAAUGCACUUUGAAUGAUAUUUUCUUUCUCUUAAAGUAGAAAUUUCUCAAUUAAUUAUUUUUGAAAUAAAAAAAAAAAAAACACUACU